AUGGGCUCCUUCAUCCUCUGGAUCAUCCUGCUCAACUUCUUCAACUCCAUCAACCCGCUCAUCUGGCCCCGCGACAACCUCAUCGACUGGUGGGACGGCAGCGUUUGGUGUGACAUCCAAGUGCGCCUCCAAGUGAGCUGCGGUGUAGGCCUAGCCGUUUCAUCCGCCCUAAUUGUGCGCAAGUUGGCUAGGGUCAUGGACACGAGCAAUAUUAUUGUAUCGAGCAGCCGGACCAGCAAGACUAAAGAGAGGAUUUGGGAAGCAGUGUGGUGUUGGGGCGCCCCACUACUUCUGAUGGUUUUGUACUAUGUUAUCCAGCCAACCCGAUACAUGAUUUACGGCAUCGUAGGCUGCAUAGCCACCUACGAUACAUCCUGGCCGAGCAUAGUGAUAAUCUUCAUCUGGGCACCCAUAGCCAUGUGCGUCGCUGCUUACUGGGCAGUCUACCGUCUGUACCGUUACAGACGCGACUUCCACCGCCUGGUCACAGCACGCAACACAACUGCCUCGCGCUUCGUCCGCCUCUUCAUCCUCAGCAUGGUCGUCAUUCUCAUCUAUCUCGUCUAUUCCUUCUACCUCCUCGUCCAAGUCUGCCUUGUAGUCAACGACCCUUACUCAUGGUCCACGAUCCACGAUCCCGCCAGAUUCAACACCAUCAUCCGCGUCCCCAUGUACGGCAAAGUCCAAAUGGACAAGUGGAUUCAAAUCGUCACCGGCUUUGUCAUCUUUGCCUUGUUCGGCACGGGCGUCGAUGCGCAUAAUCUCUACAAGAGGAUGCUUGUUUCCGUUGGCGCGGGCAAGAUAUGGCCCAGUUUGUACGAAGAGAGCCAGCAUGGAUCACGAACGCCGAGUAUUCUUAUCGCAGCGAGGUCUUGGACGGAGAAUGUCUCGACCAAGGCAAAGAGUAUGCUUUCGUCGUCGUCAAAGAUAGAUGAGACAAGAGAUACGUUUAGUACUUCUACGCGCAACGGCUCUAUUGCUCUAGACGCCAUCUCGCACUUGCAAAACACAACUACCGAAGACACGCUGGUGCGCCUCAAGCAGAAAGACCCUGCUUCAUCGACUGGGCGUCGUUCGUUUUUUAAACGCUGGUUCGCUACUCCGUAUCUGAACAGCCCUAUCCUACCCCUCUUCUCCCACCGCCACUUCACAACCAUCACGGGUCCCGAUGCUAGUAGAUCGCCAGCUGCAGCAGCAUCCUCGUCUUCACCAGGCGUACACACUCAAGCUUGGGCUGCGCAGGGAACCUCGUCUGGUGGACGAGCCAGCGUCGGUAGCGGUGUUCAUGUCUUCCAGGAGGUGCAUCAGGCGCGUCAUGAAAGGUGGGAGAGAGAAAAAGAUGGGAGUUCUAUCGCUGCUUAA